GGGGGCUCGGCGGCUCCGAGCAUCUCCGCGCUGCCCGUCGGGGGUCCGGGCCGGCAUGGCCCCGCGGGUGCUGGCGCUGGUGCUGGCGCUGGUGCUGGCGCGGGCGGCGGCGGAGCUGGCGGAGGAGCUGGUGCUGGCCCUGGGGGCCGCCGAGGAGGAGGCAGCCGCCGUCGGGGCCGCCCCCUCGGGACCCGCUGCCUUCCAUCGCGCCGCCAAGGCGUCGUGGCGGCUGCCCGGGCGAUACGUGGUGGUGCUGCGGAAGGGCAGCGGCAAGGACGAGGUGCAAGGCACGGCGCGGCGACUGCAGGCCCGGGCGGCUCGGCGGGGGUACCUGACCGAGCUGCUGCACGUCUUCCACCUGCUGCCCGCCUUCCUGGUGAAGAUGAGCAGCGACGUCCUGGACACGGCACUGAAGCUGCCGCAUGUGGAGUACAUCGAGGAGGACGCCUACGUCUUUGCCCAGAGCAUCCCCUGGAACCUGGGCAGGAUCGUGCCGCCGCAGCCCAGCUCGGGUGCCUACAGCCCUCCCAAUAAAGGUGACCUGGUGGAGAUUUACCUGCUGGACACCAGCGUGCAGAGCACCCAUCGGGAGAUCGAGGGCAGGGUGUUUGUGACCGACUUCGAGAGCGUCCCCGAGGAGGAUGGCACCCGCUUCCACAGGCAGGCCAGCAAAUGCGACAGCCACGGGACCCACAUGGCCGGGGUGCUGAGCGGGCGCGACGCCGGCGUGGCCACGGGCGCCAACAUCCGCAGCCUCCGUGUGCUGAACUGCCAGGGGAAGGGCACCGUCAGCGGGACCCUCAUCGGCCUGGAGUUUAUCAAGGCGACGCUGGAGGCUCAGUCCUACGCGCCGCUGGUGGUGCUGCUGCCCUUCGCCGGCGCCUACAGCCGUGUGCUGAACGCCGGCUGUCGGCGGUUGGCGCAGAUGGGGGUGGUGAUGGUCGCAGCUGCCGGUAACUACAAGGAUGACGCCUGCCUGUACUCACCAGCAUCCGAGCCAGAGGUCAUUACGGUCGGUGCCACCAACAGCGAGGACCAGCCCGCCUCCAUUGGCACCCUGGGCACCAACUUCGGCCGCUGCGUGGACCUGUUUGCCCCGGGAGAUGACAUCAUUGGCGCCUCCAGCGACUGCAGCACAUGCUUCACGGCGCAGAGCGGGACGUCGCAGGCAGCCGCGCAUGUGGCAGGCAUCGCCGCCAUGCUGCUCAGCGCCGAGCCCCAGCUGAGUUUCGCCGAGCUCCGGCAGCGCCUCCUGCACUUCGCCAACAAGAAUGUCAUGGACACGGCGUGGUUCCCCGAGGAACAGCGGCUCCAGACACCCAACAGCGUGGCUGGGCUGCCCGCCCGGCUGGGCACAGACGAGCAGCUGUACUGCCGCUCGGUGUGGUCGGCACGCUCGGGGCUCACCCGGCACGCCACGGCUGUGGCUCACUGUGCCGGCACCGAGGAGAUGCUCAGCUGCUCCAGCUUCUCCCGCAGCGGCAGGCGGCUGGGGGAGCACAUGGAGGACAAGGACGGGCAGAAGCAGUGCGUGGCCCACAACGCUUUCCGGGGCCAAGGCGUCUACGCCAUCGCCAGGUGCUGCACGCGGCCCAGGACCGAGUGCCAGAUCAACGCCAGCUCCCCAGGGGCCGAGGGGGCCGGCUGCUCCCUGCGGGACCACGUGCUGACCGGGUGCAGUUUCCACUCCCCCGCCGCGGUGCUGGGUGAUGGCGGCAGACCCGUCGCGGCGCUGGGGAGCGGGCCCAGCCACUGCGCCGGCAGGACGGAGGUGAUGGCGCACGCCUUGUGCUGCCCCGCCACCAGCCUCGAGUGCCGGGUGAAGGAGCGCACGUCCCUGGGCUCUGCGGAGAAGGUGACGGUGUCCUGUGACGACGGCUGGACGCUGACAGGCUGUAACGCCCAUUCCCAGAGCCCCGGCACCAUGGGAGCCUACGCCGUGGAUGAUACCUGCGUGGCAGCCAGCGUCCCGGGCAGCAGCGCAGCCGCCGCCAUUGCCAUUUGCUGCCGGAGCCGGCAGUAGGGACGGGCUGAGCUGGAGACGCGGCAUGCCCGGCGUAGCAGGGAUGGGUGCCUUGCUGGACCACUGUGUCCCUGGCUCGGUACCUUCCCGGGGCUGAGCUGCCGUUCCUGGCACGGUCCACGCUCUGACACGCGGCUGCCGUGAUGGUGGGCACAAGCUCGUCGCUCUCUCACACGCCGUGGGGCCGAGGCGGCUCUGCAAGGGCUCUCCAAGCAGCCCCCGCGCAGCCGGAGCCCUGCCUCAUCGCGGGAACCAUCCCGGCAUCCUUUCCUCGCCGCGCACCGGGUCUUUUUAUAAAUACCCCGACUGUACAAAGCAUCAUGGGGCUGUUUGUUCGCGUUGUUGUCCACCACCUUUUUUAAAAAAAAAAAUAAUAAUUGCGGUGAGGAUUGCUCCUUUCUUUCCUGGUUAGUUGCUCAUUAGAUGUCAGCUAAUGCCUCUUCGCAUCUGGAAAAUCGUAGUUUAGCUAUUUUUUGGGCAGUUUUAUAAUUGCCUACUUGUGUACCUAGGAGACUUCUUUACUUUUUAGUUUAAACAGUCUGCUUGCUUAAUUAGAUUUUAAUCUGCAUUGCUACAGAGUCAGCUACUGCUUUGUUAGUGGGGGUUUUUUUUUUAAGUUGAAGUUAAUGAUCUGCUGGUGUUAUGCAUUGCUUUAACAGUUUCCCUUUCAGGGUUUCCCAAAACACGUAGAACUGGCUGCAAUUACUUUUUUUUAAAAAAAAAAAAAAAGGAAAAAAGAAAGAAGAAAAAGCUUUCAUAGUACCUUGGUUUUUACAUUUGUACCUUCAAUAUUUAUUUGGAAUUUAUAAAUAAACAUUUUAUAACUGUCUUUUUAAAAUAAAAUUCAUAGACCAGUAGAUAUGAUCCAUUGUCUGGCUUCAUGUGCGUCCCCAGGGGGAACCGGUCUGGAAGGGGGAAGCUGGCAUCCAUCUGGCAAGGAUGCUGCUCCCCCAAACGAGCUCUGCUUCGUUAGCGAGCCAGCACAGGCCACCACCUUGGGCUCCGGAAGGGAGGCACAGACAGCGUGGGCACCCUCCCCUCGCCCACAGGUGGGCUGUCCCACGCAAGAACAAAAGUUUGUUUUUAAAACAGCGGUGUAGGACAAGAGCUUCCAGUUACGGAAACAAACGACCACCCAGCUUUGGGGAACAUGCCCUCGUGCUUCGCUCAAUUAAGUCUUCAAGGCUUCGCUCAAUAAACAUCAGGGCUCCGGAAAGAAGGUAAAGUGUAGAUGCUCAGAGAUGCAGAGCAGCAGGGAGAAGCUGAGAUGUACCAGAAGCCACCAAAACUGGGUCUUAUUUUUUGGGUGAUUAGCUACCUCCUGGUACUACAAUAUAUAAUUUGUGUUACUUGAGGACAGAUGAAAAAAUAAAGCUUGAUACCACAAGCAGCAGCCUAACCUGUCGCUUUGGCUCUUUCCCCACCAACAAGCCCCUGAGGGAUCUGUUACUCCAGCUUUAAUUGGCAAGAGCAGACAGAGACCCUGUGGGAAGCACCACUUUGAAAGUUUAAACCUUUCAA